ACCAAGGCACUUGAGACUGCGCUCCUCCUGGAUGUUGAUUUACAGAUCACCAUGUCCGCAAUCCAGACCCAGCUCGAUCAAGGCGCCGUCCCCAAUGCCAUCUCGAAUGUCUGCCCACCGGGCACCAAGUUCCACCUCCUGGAAGUGGGCUGGCUGGAAUGUGACAAGGGCUUUGUCGUCCGCGGCGGCAACACCAGCCUGAAAUCCACCGAGCACCGCUCCUUCGUUAACGAACGCUGCGAGAUGCCCAUGUACUGCGUUUUGAUCGACCACCCCCAUGAAGGACUAAUUCUCUGGGAGACCGGGAGUGGGAAGGACUACCCCGAAGUCUGGGGGCCCAUGGCGGUCGACGUUUUCGCCCGCGUGCGCUACGAGCCCCGCCACGAGCUGCGCGCCGCCGUCGAGGCCACCGGCCAUCGCAUCGAGGAUAUCCGCAAGAUCAUCAUCGGGCAUCUACAUCUGGAUCACGCUGGCGGGCUGGACGAGUUCUUCGAUCGCAAGGACGUUGAGAUCUGGGUACAUGAGAAGGAGUUGACCAGUGCAUUUUGGUCGGUCGCGACCGGGGCGGACAGUGGGGUCUACUUGGAGCAUUACCUGAAGCUAUCUCUGAAUUGGAAGACAUUCAACGACCAGACGCUCGACUUCUGCCAGGGCAUCACCCUCCACCAUCUCCCCGGCCAUACGGAGGGGCUCAUUGGGAUGCAGAUUAACAUGCUCGACACGGGCACGUUCUUAUUCAUUAGUGAUCAUUGCCAUGUCAUUGAGAAUUGGCGCGAUGGGAUCCCCCAGGGCUGGCUGGCACGUGACCACCCCUCCUGGUUUCGGAGUACGCAACGGCUGAAGCACCUGCAGCGCAUCACCAAGGGGCAGGUGAUUCCUGGGCAUGACAAGGGCAUUUUUCUGGAUCUGCAGAAGCAAGCCGAGGUUUUCACCUGAGGGGUGAGGGGUGAGGGGUGGCGAUUGGCUCGAACACAGUCCAUCGGAUAUUUGGGGGGGAGGGGUGUAGUGUAGGGACCGUCCGCGGCAG